CUUGGAUUCAAAGCUGUGGGGUGGCAGAUUUUCAACUCGCAACCUGGCUAAUUUCCUGCUUCUUCUGGCACCAAAAGGAAGGCCAUUCGUCUCCACGGCAUGCAAAGCGGCAGCUGUCAAAGUAGCAGGACCUACAAGAAGCAGUUAACAUCCUCAGAGAGGUUUCCUUUGAAUACCCCCACUGACAACAAAUAAAGAGCAGCAGCAACAACUAUUGUGUCGGAGAAUCGCUGUUUCCUGAUCGCUUCAGAGCUGAGUAUUAUAUUAACUGAAUUAUAUUGUCUGGAUCAUCUUGAACAGAAGGGAUUCUUUUAGCCAUUCUCAAGGAUGUCGGUGCAUGCACUCACUCUCCCACACACACGUAUACAUACCUUUCAUUAAAAACAGGGAAGGGAAAUCACGCAAUUCGGUUGGAUUUCAGUUGCCCAUUACGUUGUGCUGGAAAAUAUUCCCACAUGUUUUGGGCACCCUCGUUUUAUUGCAUUUGGCUCGGACAUGAAGGGAACCGGUUCACUGAGACCGAAUCUCUUGUUCGCCAGUUUGCUCCUAAACAGGCAGAUUCUCCCUUUUGGAGACAGUUGUCAAAUCUCCACUUUUAAACGUUUCUUAGACACCGCCUCUACACCACGCGGUUUCUUUCCUUUCGUCUCUGCGGCUGGGCUGGGACAGAGACCGAGACCGUGGCAAGAGGAUGAAUGAACCGGGAAAGGGCGGGGUGGAGGAGAAGUUCUCCCGGAUAGACUAUACGGUUUUUGCAAGAUAAGUUUUCGGCGGUGCCUCUUUGCUGUAAGCAGUCAGGUACCCGUCGCUGGGAGUCUCUCCCUGGCGUCAUUCAUUCAUUUAGGUGGGAACACCCCGCUCAAACUACGGACUGACGAGCACCCAUUUCCUCCCGGGGGCGGGGGAAGGUUACCCGAGGGCAAUUCCUCCCUGCACCCCUGUUCUCCGCGUUGGCACAGAAGAGAGCGCCCGGUGGCCAGUUGCCAUCUGCUAGGCUCAGCGGCGCGGAGGUGUGUGUGUGUGUGUGUGUGUGUGUGAGCCGGAGGGGAGGGGGUUGUUUGGAACUUUGCUGCCUCGGUAGCGGCGGAUCCCAAGGGAGAAGGCCGUCCGCCGCUCGCUCAUUGGUCGCCAUGCCGUCAGCUGGUGCGAUUUGCUGCUGUCGCUUUUGGCGCUCGGCCAUCCAGAAACAAACCACUCGCACGACUACUAAUAGUUAUAGCCAGAUGUACUAAUACACAACAAAUCAAGGUCCGGGAUCUGGGGAGCGUCCAUGAGUUCCUAUUUCGUGAAUCCCGCUUUCCCGGGAAGCUUGUCGAAUGGACAAGAGUCCUUCCUGGGGCAGAUCCCCCUCUAUCACCCCGCGGCUGGCUACGAGGCUCUAAGGCACUUCCCAGCUUCUUAUGGGGCCGGCAGCCUGCAGGAGAAGCCCUACUCCUCCCCUAGCUUCUUCCAGCAGUCCAGCCCCAACACGGUCAUCGCCUGCAACCGGGCAGCCUAUGAUUAUGGAGCCUCUUGCUUCUACUCGGACAAGGACCUGGGCGGUGCCUCCUCGCCCUCCGGCAAUGGCAAACCAGGGGCCGGCAACCCCGGGGACUACUUGCCCUGUUUUGCCUCUGACCAGUACAAGCCCGAAAACGGGGCAGCCAAAAUCCUAAACGAGGAAAACAGCGACCGGAAGUACACCAGCCCUGUUUACCCUUGGAUGCAAAGGAUGAAUUCGUGUCCUGGUACAGUGUAUGGAACGCAUGGGAGACGGGGCAGGCAAACCUACACCAGGUUCCAAACGCUAGAGUUAGAAAAAGAAUUCCAUUAUAACAGAUAUUUAACCAGAAGGCGUCGGAUUGAGAUUGCAAACGCUCUUUGCCUUACUGAACGACAGAUUAAAAUCUGGUUUCAAAACAGGCGGAUGAAAUGGAAAAAGGAAAGCAAAUUGAUCAAUUCCACCCAACCUGGCAAAGAAGAAACAGAGGAAAAAUCAGGGGAGUAAAAUUAUGUUUAAGAGAAUAUUAGUAGCUUUUUCCUUCAUCAAUAUGCCUCCCAGUUCACACACAAGUUCACACACACACAGAGAGCCCUGCAAAUUUAUUGGGUUAUUAUUCUUUUGUUGUUGUUGUUAUGCAGAUAUUUCCAAAGGCUUAAUUAAAAUACAUAUUUAUACAUCUA